AUGGCGUCGGGUGAGAAUCAGGCUUUAUUGUCUACAAGUCUCGCCAGUUUACUGACAUUCUUUGAGGAUAACCUUGAGCUGAUACAAAGGAGCAUGGCUACUGUCAGAGUGGACUGGAUACUCUUAACAAUACUUCUCGUUCACUGUGGAGACUAUUUCGUCAAUGGUAUCGUAACAGAUGUGCGUCUUGUUGGCGGUCCAUCUCCUGUUAAAGGAACAGUGCAGAUAAUGCAAGAUAAUGGCACAUGGGAGACAACAUGUGGAAUACAUCUUGACAUCAAUGACGUCAUUGUCAUUUGUAAGCAGUUAGGGUAUACAGGGGCAAAUAGAGCAAUAUUUAGCACGCCGUAUGGACAGGAUCCAACACCACCAACGAUAGGGCUAUUUUGCAAUGGAAGAGAAGACGACUUAGCUGGAUGCCAACUGUUUCAGCAACAAAGUUGUUCAAUCACUGGAGCAGCUUCGUGUCAUGGUGUUAAUUAUCUUGGAUGCUAUGUCGACAAACCGGGUGACCGAGUUUUUACUGGUGAUAGUUUACUUGCUGAGCCACUUAUGACCAUCUCCUACUGCAUCCAGUAUUGUAACGCCAUAACCGUGAUAAACUCAUCUGACUAUGCAUACGCGGGAUUUAAUAAUGGGAAUGAAUGUUUCUGUGGUGGAGCCAGUGAUAACUACACUAGGCAUGGGGUAGCAUCGGAUAGGGAAUGUCAAUCACCAUGCCAAGGAGACCCAACUGAGAGUUGUGGUGGGCAAGGAUACAUAGCUGUCUUUAGAAUUGACACCGAAACUAGGGAAACCACACAUACUAUUGGGAUCAUCAAAUCAACUGAGAAAGUGCUAGAAAUGAGCACCGAAAUGACCGUGAUUACCGAUCAACCAACCUCAGAGAUGUCCAUUAAUCCAAACAAUGAUUUGACGUCUUCACCAACGACUACAACCUUGUCAUCAAUACUCCCACAAUCUGGUUCCAAUUCUUGUAUUGCCGUUGGUAUAGGCGAAGGCGUUGUCAUCAUUAUUCUAGUAGUAAUUGUCAUUGCAUUGGUACUGAACAACCUCCGAAUGCGAAAGAUGAUGAAAGAGUCAAACAGCGACCAGAAGACACAACCUUUGGAUGUGGUCCGUUCCUCAAGUUCGACCGAUAAAGACACAGGUUUUUAUCAUGAUAUUCAGGAUGUCAGGGAAUCAACCUCGUCGCCAUCAUCUGGCGGAGAGGUUCAGUACUCCUCAAGGAUAUAUGAACAGAAACGCGACAGUGCAUUGGAUCCCAACGAUGGCAUUCGGCUGCAACAUUCAUAUAUGAUGUAACUGAAGCUGUCCAUGCAUAUUUGUACAAUAUGCCAUCAUCACCAUCACCUGACGGCGAGGUUCAUGCAGUAGUCCUCGAAUAUAUACGAACAGAAACGCGACAGUGCAUUGGAUCCAAACGAUAGAAUUCAGCUGCAACAUUCUUAUAUGAUGUAACUGAAGCUGUCCAUGCAUAUCUAUAUAAUGUGCACUAAUGGAAAAUGGAAAACAGCCUUCAUCUAUUGGAUAAAUUAUGGCUAGUUUAGCGGCGUGACUGCUAAAGAAUCGAUUACCCUUGCAGGCUGUCUUCCGCGAAGAAAGAUAUGAAUGUUCCUAUGUCCAUGAUGUUCGAUGCUCGAUCAGACUUUGCUUGCUCACACGACUUCAUGACAUUGAAGUAAAAGAAAACAGAACAUUCAAUUCGAUUCAAUUCAUUUAUUUUCAAUCAAAAGAUAAGUACAGAAAUGUGUUGAUACACAUACGUAGAAUAUAUAAAUGAGUUAAAGAAAAAAAAACAAGGAUGGAAUUGAGGAAUACUUUUAAUAAAAAAAAAUCAGUUUUUGUCGAUACAGUACUCCUAUAAGGUAAAGUCAAAGAAUUAAAGAGCUAAAACUGUUUUUUAGAGGGGAUAUGAUAAGAAUUUGAAUACAAAAUUCACUAUAAAUACAUAAGUACAGAGUAAGGAUUUCGACCAAAUGCAUUCUUUGGAAUUGUUAUGUUUUCUAAAAUACAUUUAGAGGAGGUGAAACAAGAAUUGAUGAGGGAGGGUAGUUCCAGAAAGAUGGAUUGUAACAUAAACUCUAUAUUGACCUAACCCACAAGGAAU